AUGGGAAUUCCCGGGUUAUGGGACGAAUUUCGAGAUUGCUUUCGUGAAUCAAAUCUUAUAGAAGUCUCCACGAGUUGCUGGAAUGCAGAAAAACGCUGUUUGAGAAUUGCUGUUGAUGCAGCAAUAUGGUCGGUACAGAUUCAAGCUAGUCAAGGUGGUACCAAUCCGGCAUUAAGGACGCUAUUUUAUCGACUUUGUCAUUUACUCGAAUGGGGUAUUCACGCUAUCUUCGUCUUCGAUGGUCCAAACAAACCUCCUUGGAAACGAAAUCGCCAUGUUCGACCGAAAGUCUCAGGAAACUAUGAAUCGAUGAAGCAUCUCAUCCAGCUUUUUGGAAUGCAAGUAUGGGAAGCUCCAGGAGAAGCUGAAGCUGAGUGCGCGAAGCUUCAAAGGUUGCAACUGGUCGAUUACGUCUUGACGGAAGAUGUUGAUGCUUUCGCUUUCGGAGCUACUAAAGUUAUACGAUGUAGUCCUGCGGAAAGGAAAUCGUUGUUGAAUGUCAGAAUCUAUGAAAUGGAAAAAAUUUCCCAAAAACUCGACAUCAAUCAGCCUGGUGUUAUAUUGAUUGGCUUGAUGAGAGGAGGUGAUUACCAUUCAAAAGGUAUAGAGCAUUGUGGCCUUCAAACAGCGAUCGGUGCUGCAAAACUAGGAUUCGGUGAUCGUUUAAUUUCUUCUGAUCAUCUAGAUACCUGGAGGUCUCAAUUACAACACUGCAUUCAAGUAAAUAAGUACAACACUUUUGGCUUCAAACGCCCAAAUUUCAUCAUCGACCAGGAUUUUCCUGACCCUUUAGUAAAACAUUAUUAUACACAUCCAGAAGUUUCUUCCAAAGAAACGUUGAAAUUACACUUUUCGCAGUUUGAUUGGUCUCAAAAACCUGAUGUUAAAGCUUUGUAUACUUAUGCUCAAAAACGAUUUCAAUGGGUGAGCCUACAAGGAAGUAUCAAGUUUAUAAAUAACAUAGCUUAUCCUUUACUUGUCUUUGAACUUCUUCAUUCUACUGUUAUAGACUCAAAUAUAUACACAGCCUCUCAUAAGACACGAAGAAACAAAUCCACAGGCAUGAUAUUAGAAAAACAAAUUACUUUCUAUCCAAACAAAAUCCUGGAUUGCGAAUGGCAUAUUAAAACGAACGUACAUGAUAAUGAAGCAAAUGCACCGUUAAAGAAUCAAUGGAAAUCACUAUUAGAAGAGAACACAUCAUGGAUCCCUGCCUGCUUUAUAAAAACUGCUAAAUAUGCAAGAAUUUCUCAGUUUUUUGGAAGAACAAAUUCUGACUUGGGACGUUUAGUCCAAAAAACCAAGAGACUAUCUUUGGACCCAGAAGAAAGUCGUAAUUCCAUCCAUGCCGAGAGGGAAAAAACAACAGUUACUAAAAAGCCAGCAGGUCUUCUUCCAACAAACUUGUUUUCGAAACCACGCACACAAUUUUCUCAAAUAAUACCGCAAACUACCGAUGAUUCUUUUACGGAUGAUGAUCUACCAAAAAUUCAGGAGAUUCUUCCUAGAAGCUCUAUAAAAACAGGAAAUAGAGAAGAUCAAAGCCAACCCGAUAGUCGUUUUAACAAAGAUCUGACAGUUAAAUCCAAAGGGCAUCUUUCGAAAGAUCAAUUCAUAAAAAAAAUAUACAUUAGAGAAAGCCUUAAUGGAAGCUGGAAAGAAGAUAUAGGAGCAAGCGGGAGGAGGAAAAUGUAUGAAAAUAUCCCCAUUAUUGACUUAUCCUGA